UCAAUCUCAGCUGAGAAAUACAGCAAUCGCCGAUCAAUUCUCGUAUAUACAUAGACGUGCCUUAAGUCUGAUGGGUUGUACUGUGAGGGAGAAGCAUGUUAGGCCUAACCGGAAGACCCGAUCCGUGAAACCCGAAUUCGAUCCGUGUUGUUUGCUCGACAGGACCGCUCUAUCGAAAUCGAUUGUCGAAUCGAGUCUAAAGCAUCUUGUUUAUCAUCCGGGUCUUCUUGAUUCGUGUCCAGAGUCUAACCCUAGUGGCAAUUUUGAGGAUAAUGGUUGGGGUUACUGUACGGAGGAGCAAUUAGAGGAUAUUUUGUUGAAACAUUUGGAGUAUUUAUAUAACGAAGCGAUUUCGAAGCUUGUGGCAUCGGGUUAUGAUGAGGAUGUUGCGUUGAGAGCUGUUCUUAGUAAUGGGUAUUGUUAUGGUGGAAUGGAUGUUAUGACGAAUAUUCUGCAUAAUUCUUUGGCUUAUCUUAAGAGUAGUACUGGUGAAGGUAGUAAUGUGAACAAUGAGGAUCAAUCAGAGACUGUUUUUACGGAUUUGAGACAGUUGGAAGAGUAUUCACUUGCGGGUAUGGUUUAUUUGCUGCAGCAAGUUAAACCUAAUUUGAGUAAAGGUGAUGCAAUGUGGUGUUUGCUAAUGAGUGAGCUUCAUGUUGGGAGGGCGAGUACUAUGGAUAUACCGAGUUCUGGAAAAGGGGAUAGUAGUAAUGUAGGGGUUGGUGGUAGUAGUACUGUAAAUGGUGUUGGUGGUGCUAUUGCACCAGCAUUGUGUAGAUUCCAUGGAGGUUGGGGUUUUGGUAAUGGGAAAGGACCCAAGUUUUCAGGUAAUGGGGUUUCUUUGUGUAGCGAAGAGUUAACAUUGCAGAGAGAGAUUGAUUGUCCGAGGAGAUUUAAUCUUUCACCGUCAAUGAAGUCUUUGUUGAGAGAGAAUGUUGCAGCUUUUGUUGCUGGGUAUCGUGCUAGUAUGGAGCAAAAGAAGCAGAUGCAAGUGCAGUCUGAAACUAGUAGUAAUAGCUUGUCUUGCGCAGCUGCUGCUACACGUUCAGAGACGUGUGAGCAGCCACGUAACUCGGUGAGUGAAGAAAGUGUCAGUUCAGUGCUGGAGAAAUUCCGGGAUCUGAACCUUGAUGACAAUGUUGAUUCGGCACCUGAGGAGCUUAAGGAUGAUGCUUUAAUAGGACUACUUCAUCAGGUUCAGGAUCUCAAAAAGCAAUUGAAGGAGAGGAAAGACUGGGCUCAGAAGAAGGCAAUACAAGCUGCCCAAAAGGUCAGCGAUGAACUGGCCGAGCUUAAAUCGUUGAGGAGUGAGAGAGAAGAAAUCCAACAGUUGAAAAAGGGGAAACAAACUCGUGAGGACUCAACCUUGAAAAAAUUAUCAGAGAUGGAAAAUGCUCUUAGAAAAGCUAGCGGUCAAGUUGACAAGGCAAAUGCGAUAGUAAGGGCACUUGAAAACGAAAGUGCAGAAAUCCGGGCGGAAAUGGAAGCUUCCAAAUUAAGUGCAUCAGAAUCUCUCACGGCAUGCAUGGAGGCAUCGAAGAAAGAGAAAAAAUGCUUGAAGAAACUUGUGGCGUGGGAGAAGCAGAAAAUGAAGUUGCAGGACGAGAUUACAGCUGAGAAAGAGAAGAUUAAGGCACUCAAUAGGGCUUUAGCUCAGAUCACGCAGGAAGAAAAAGAAUAUGAGGCGAAAUGGAGACAGGAACAGAAAGGUAAGGAGCAAGCUAUGGCUCAAGUGGAAGAAGAGCAGCGCUUGAAGGAAGCAACCGAGGCUAGCAACAAGAGAAAGGUGGAAAGCCUGCGGUUAAAGAUUGAAAUAGACUUUCAGAGACACAAAGAUGAUCUCCAAAGACUGGAACAAGAGCUGUCUCGGCUCAACAAAGCCUCUUCAACUGACUCAAGCCUCCAAUCCAAUAACAGCUCUCACACAAAGGGGAAAUCAGACAAGUCGAAGGGAGAAGCAAUGUCUAAGCUGCUUGAAGAGCUUGAUAGGCUUGAUGGAUCAUAUGAGAAGGAAGCAAACUAUGACCGGGAAUGUCUGAUCUGCAUGAAAGAUGAGGUUUCGGUUGUGUUUCUUCCUUGUGCUCACCAAGUGGUCUGUGCGAGCUGCAGCGAUAGCUUAAUGGGCGGUGGCAAAGCGACAUGUCCUUGUUGCAGAGCUCCGGUUCAGCAGAGAAUCCGUGUAUUUGGAGCGAGUUCUUAGUAAAAAAAGAUUAUCUGGGGUUCAAAGAUUAAUCAUAGCACAACUUGUCAGGUAUAAAUACUUUUUUGUUUGUUUGUUUGUUUAUGGCUCCGUCUCUCUGCUUCAUAUUGUCUCUUAUCUUCAAUCUGAGGGUUUUGGACUAUUUGCAUCUUUACAUUGUUUUGAGUUGUUGCCUGGUUUAUGAUCUUCCCAGGAUUCACAAUGUAAGUAAAUAAAAAAUUCUACCUUCU